AUGAAUAUAAUCGUUGUCGGUGGAAGUCUGGCGGGUUUAUUCGUUGGAUUGUCUCUCAAACGGCUUGGUCACUAUGUUCACAUCUUAGAACGCAAUUCUCUACCUCUUUUUCAAGGUAAUGGAGCAGGUAUUUUCGCUGGCGAAGAAACUCGUUUAUUUAUGAAAAAAUUCGAUAGAUCGGAACGAGACCUGACCAUAUCACCAACUUUCUUACAUUACCUCGAUGUUUAUGGUAACGAAAUACAUCGGGAAAAUACAGAUCAUCAAGCCACUAGUUGGGAUUUACUAUAUCAUAUUUUACGUGCAAACUUCGAUGGAAUCAAGAAUGCGUACUGUCAAUUACCAGACGACACAGGCGAAAAGGUAGCCUAUGAUUAUGAUGCAAACGUGACAAACAUGGAAGUCGAUGAUGAUUCAGUAACAAUCUUUUAUGAGCAGAAAAAUGAAAAGAAGUCGAUAAAAGGUGAUAUUUUAAUCGCAGCCGACGGAGCAUCAAGUCGUAUUCGAACGCUAAUCGAUCUGACUAUAGAACGAAAUUAUGUUGGUUACGUUGUUUGGCGAGGAACAGUUCCUGAAUCAGAUAUAUCCGAAUCACUUACAUCAACAUUCAUCGAUGGUGUUACUUUUUUCCACGCAUCCGGAAUUCAAUUUGCUUGCUAUACUAUCCCGGGUCAAAAUGGCGCAUUAGAUCAAGGACUUCGAUUAAUUAAUUGGGUUUGGUAUUGCAAUUACGCAGAUCCGUCCGAAAUUCUUACUGAUUGUCAUGGAAGAAAACAUCAUUGGACAGUGCCCCGCGGUAAAGUUGCCCACAAAGUAUGGGAAGAUUUGAAACAAUAUGCGAAUAGCAAUCUUCCACCUCAAUUUAUCGAACUAGUAAAUGCGACACAAGUACCGUUUGUUCAAGCCGUUAGUGAUGUUCUGGCGACGCAAGCGUGUUACUACAAUGGAAGGGUAGUACUUGUCGGUGAUGCAUUAGCUGGAUUUCGACCACACACCGCUAGCGCUACGAGUCAAGCUGCUUUUCACGGUUUACAAUUAUGGGACAAAAUGCAAAGUUGGUCUGAUUGGUUGAAGAAUAGAAGUUCAUACGAAGAGAUCGUCAUGAAGUUCGCUAGACAGGGUGUUGAACAUGGACAAAAAUUAGGUCACGCAUCUCAAUUUGAAGAUUAUGAAGUCGGUGGCAAGAUUAAGAUGGGCUACAUGACUACAAAUGAGGAUCGAUCAGUGUCUGAGGGAAGCGAAUAA